GCGUAUCUUUGACUUCCGCUUCCGGGAAGAGGUUCUUUUUCUCUCUGUCCAGGCGACGUUGACGCUGGCGAGAUGGUGAACGUCCCCAAAACCCGGAGGACUUACUGCAAGAAGUGUGGGAAGCACCAGCCCCACAAAGUAACCCAGUACAAGAAGGGCAAGGACUCUUUGUAUGCUCAGGGAAAGCGGCGAUAUGAUCGCAAGCAGAGUGGCUAUGGUGGCCAAACAAAGCCCAUUUUCCGCAAAAAGGCAAAGACCACAAAGAAGAUCGUGCUGAGACUGGAAUGUGUGGACUCCAAUUGCAGGUCAAAGAGGAUGCUGGCCAUUAAGAGGUGCAAGCACUUUGAGUUGGGAGGAGACAAGAAGAGAAAGGGCCAGGUUAUCCAGUUCUAGGCUGCUGUGGAACCCAUUGUUGGUUGGUGUAUGAAAUUUUAUAAAGGUUUUAUUGGACCACCCUAA